GACGAGUACAAACUUCGUAGGCUAAAGUCUUUUGUCGUAUAAACGUGGUAUUUAAAUCUGCGUUGACGUGUUAGCGGCAAAAUAAAGAAUACGUAUGGAAAUACUGUGCCGUAAAUGUGGCAAUGAGUGUGAAACUCUCAAUCGAAGAUGAACGUAUUAAGGGCUCAAUUCAGGGAAAUGCAAACCGGACUGACACGAGAACAGAAAUCAAAGUUUUAUGUUUUGACAUUAGCACAUUGAGCCAAAUUCGGCAGGUUGUGAUAUGCUCCGUAGGAGUUUUUGGAUUUUAUUUGCUGUAUGGUUACCUUCAGGAGUUAAUAUUUACCCUUGAUGGUUUUAAGCCUUAUGGAUGGUAUCUAACCUUGGUACAAUUUGCUUACUAUACUGUUUUUGGAUUUGUGGAAACAUCUGUAAAAAAUGUAACUAGAAAAAUACCAAUCAAAACAUACUUGCUCCUGGCUAUGUUGACGUUGGGCACAAUGGGAUUCUCCAAUUCAUCUCUUGGCUACCUUAACUAUCCAACCCAGGUUAUUUUCAAAUGCUGUAAACUGAUACCAGUUUUGAUUGGCAGCAUACUGAUUCAGCACAAGCGUUAUGGUUUACUAGAUUUUGCUGCGGCUGGCUGUAUGUGCUUGGGUCUGACACUGUUCACUCUUGCAGACAGUCAGGUCUCUCCUAAAUUUAGUGUUCUAGGAGUGUGUAUGAUUUCCUGUGCGCUUUUGUGUGAUGCUGCUAUUGGAAAUGUUCAGGAGAAAUCCAUGAAACAGUACAAAGCAGCAAACAGUGAAGUUGUGCUGUAUUCAUACUCCAUUGGAUUCCUGUACCUACUGUCUGUUAUGUUUUUCACUGGUGAUUUACACAAAGGAAUCAAUUUUUGUUCAGAGCACCCCUUGGAGACAUAUGGCUACGCAUUACUAUUCUCAGUAUCUGGUUACCUUGGAAUCCAAAUUGUACUGACACUCGUACGCACAAGUGGGGCCUUUGCCGCUGCUACCGUCACCACAUGUCGCAAGGCUGUGUCCAUUAUCAUCUCCUUCAUGUUCUUUGACAAGCCAUUCACAUUCCAAUAUGUAUGGUCUGGCAUGCUUGUUGUACUGGGAAUUUACAUAAAUGUGUACAGCAAGAACAGAGGUAAAACAGACAUUCCAGAACUGUUUGGGAAAGUACAACGAAAACUUCAACAUUUGUUAAUAAAACUGAAGUACAACAAGUACUCUUCUCAUAGCCAUACUUUGGCACAUGUAUGAAGUUUAUUACUAGCUGUGAUAUGUAAGAAUCUCUAGAAGAGUCUCACACAGUAUGAAAGAAUCUCAAAAUAUCUUAGUUUAUGUUUUUGUACAAAGAUUACAAACAUCAGUAUUUUGUAUUGUAUAUAUUUGUAAGAAAAUAAAUUAUUUUAUUAUUUUUUACUUAAAAGAUCUUUCUCUGAUGCGAGAAAUGUUGUAGCUGCUCAAAGUUUUCUCAACCUUUACAGUAUGUUUUUAAGAGAAUAAUUUUCGUACGCCAGAGAACUCAGUCAGACAACUGGCAGAGUUUCCACAAUAUUGACAUGUAAUUGGUAGACACCCGUAUAUUACUCUGUGAUAGUAUUAGUUCUCUGCACAUACAGUAGUAAAUAGUGUACCACUGAGAGAGUAUCCAUGAAGAGCCAACAAUACAGAGAUUUAUUUUUGGAUAACGAUCAUUCUCUUGCACAAACAUAAUGAAACAUCAAAAACCUUAACUGCAAUGUGUUAGUAACCAUAAGGUUACAUGAUACGAGUUACCGUAUUUACUCGAAUCUAAGCCGCACCUGAAAAAUGAGACUAAAUAAAGGAAAAAAAAAAAAUCCCGAAUCUAAACCGCACCUGAAAUUUGAGACUCGAAAUUCAAGGUGGAAGAAAAUUUUAGGGCGCACCUCCAAAUCGAAACAAAGUUGGUCCAUUAUAAUAUGAGACAUAAGUUAGGUCGAAUGCAUGACGAUAUAGCUACAGUAGUUUGGUUCGAGUCAUAAGCUUAGCAGUUAACCGUUACCAGGUAGCCAUUGCUAUGCGUCAGACGCUCCGUCCGUAUUUACACGGGUACCCUUCGUUUUUCACGUGCUUCAUCUGGUUUGAAUUGAUUGCUUUUUUUUCUUUGAUCUGAUAAGUGCCAUUCUCUCUGUUAUAGGUGUUUACGUCACUCUAAGCUGAAAAUGCGUUACUGUAUUGUGCCAUGCAUUGUUUGUCGCUUUCUGAUAAUGACUGUUUACAGCCUGUCGCCGCAUGGCUUGAUUUUGUGCACGGUACCGCCACUUACAAUAAAAGAGAGAGAGAGAGAGAGAGAGAGGAAUCAUCUCAUUAGCGAAACAAUGUCAAGAGGCUGCUAUUUGUUGUUACUUACACUGCUGCUUUCUUUGAUAAAGACAACAAGAACCAAAUAAUAGGCUGCGUAUGAUAGAGGAUGUUCUGAACGAGAGUAUAGCGAAAAUUUUUCUCCAUUUGAAAAUCUUUGCAGGCGCCUCUUUUAGUACAUUACAUUCUGCACCGAAAUUAGAGUAAUCUUAGAUUUAAAAAUCUAGUCAAUUGCCGUGCUUCAUUUCUGACUGUAUCAUUAUUAGGCAUAAGAAUAAUACUAAUAUAAACAUGACAUGAUAUGUGUAUUCUUCCGCGUUUACUGUUGUCUCACUCUAGUUUCGUAGUUUAUUAGGCAAACAGGAUUUAAAUGAGAUAGCUGCAAACAUGAAAGAAUACACGACAAAAUGUUUAUAUUUGUAUUAUUCUUAUGGUGAAGAGACUACUGCAUGUGAUUCACAAUUCAUAGAAGUUCCUAUUAGCAACCAUCUCUUCUCAGAGGUAGGAAAAAAUUCAGAACGUAGAGUUUCCCAUAUUGACAAACAUCCCAGUCUUGCCAGUCGGAUUUUCAUAGUACAUUGAAAUACUGCUACAUUCGAAGAUGAACAAUAUGAAAUUUGUAUUUCCUUUGUUGGAUAAUGUAUGAAAAUGCAGCGGUCGAAACACAGACACAGAGGUUUUGGCGCCAGUAUUUAUCUUUGUUAAAUUCAAAAUUAACAGCCUCAGUUGUGGAGUUACCUAGAUUUACCUAGGUUUCAAUUGGGAUAGCCCAACCUUCUUCAGAAUUACACUUACUAAUGUUUGUCCAUAAUGGACAUUGUCAAACUAAAAAUACAAAUACACCAAGUGUCGUCAUAUUUUAAAAAGUUAACUGAAGCUGCCUCAGCCCCACUUCCCGACCGCGAUGCGGCAGCCACGAGUGUUGUAUUGGAAAAUGUGCUGUGGCUGCUGAUCAGAUGUAGAUCACAUUUCACACAUAAUUACUGAUCUGGCAGUAAAAUAAAAAGGGUGACCAGUCUGCAUAUCUUACCCUCACUGGUUUUACCAUUAACUGCAAUUAUUGUAUUCUGGUGAUAUUAUAUUAACUCAAACAACUGAAAUUGCCCUCUUAAUAUGUACUUUCUAGUAAUUUUCACACAUGCAUGCAUUAUUACUAAAAUCAUAUAAGAUAAAAAGAGGGAAACCUGUGAAGUUGCAGAACUAUUGACAGUGUGGUGUUAACUUGUUGGCACAUUUACUGACUGAUGAGACACAAUUAGUGCAUGUUUUCGUAAGAGGAUUUCAAACUAAUAGGAAUACCAUCUUUAAUAUAUAUGAAAGAAGUUAUAAAUGUUCUUAUAGUGUUUGGAAUUUUGACAGAAAACAAAAUGAGCACAACUUAAAUUAUGUGCAAAACUCACUCAUGUUGUUUGUGCUGCAUUUAAGUUAAUUUUAUCAAGUUUGGUUCUUUCACAGGUGUCAUUCUAUCCUUUUUGUGACACCAUGUGUACUAUGCAAUUACUCUAUAGCAUAAGUGGUAAAGACACCUGUAUCUGGAAAUAGCAGGAUUCAUUUUAUUUAUAACUCAUUUUGUAUUUCCACAUGGUGAAUUUUAAUAUUAUCAACAUAACACUUUAUUCAGCAAUAUUAAGAGUGACUAAAAAUAUUUCAGUUUUUUUGUAAACUUUUAUCAAAUGGAUAUUUUAAGCACUGGCCCAUUCUGCGAAUCUACAUUCAGUCCUACCAGUAAAGGGAUGAAUUUUUAAAGGAUUGCUUUGUUUAUCUGUCAUGAUUUAGUAAACCAAAAGUCUAUUGUAACAAUAUUUGCACAAGUAUGAAGUUAUUAUCAGAGAACAAACAUAUACAAAGAAUCUGCAUAAAAAUAUCUUGAAUGAGAUAUUUUAUCUGUCACAUUAAAGUGAAAAUGAAAUAGGAAUUUACUGGAAACUUUUUGGGUAGCAAAUAACAGGCUUACUCACUGCAGUAUAGAUGUUUUAAGUAAUCUCCACAAGAAAUAUAGAUACACGGUACAUAUUCAACUUUCUGUCUGAAGUACACAGUACAUUAGAUAUCGGCACUUACCAAAGUUCUGUCUUUGACCUCCUACUCUCUCUCUCUCUCUCUCUCUCUCUCUCUCUCUCUCUCUCUCUCUCUCUCUGAUUCCUUUUCCUUCGCUUUGUUUCCUCUCAUCCUCACAACAGAUGGGAACUCUCCCCCACCCCCUCCCAAGGAGUUAACAUUUCCAAAAGCUAGGUAUAGUUUUCUCUCCAUUAGUGUGUGUGUGUUAAGUUUUUAUUUCUGUAUGUAUCCUAUUUCUCAACACAUCCGAUAACAUCCACUAUAUGGUCCGAGGUUACUUUUUUUACACUUAUUGCUUUUAGGCUGUACUGCUCCUGUCUUAAUAAACAAGGCUCUUUGGCCUUCCACAUACACUUGUAGCUAUGAUUGUA